UUCCUGCCUUUUUGGCUAAACUUUGGAGACUCGUCGAAGAUCCUGAGACGAAUAAUUUUAUUUUUUGGAGUAAGGAUGGUCGAAGUUUCAUCAUUCAAAAUCAGGCUCAAUUUGCUCGCGAACUGCUACCGCUCAAUUAUAAGCACAACAAUAUGGCAAGCUUCAUUCAUCAACUUUAUAUGUAUGAAUUUCAUAAGAUUACUUCAAUUGACAAUGGUGGUUUGAAAUUCGAUCGCCACGACAUGGAAUUCUCACAUCCAUCCUUCAAACGUAAUUGUCCAUAUCUUCUAGAAAAUAUUAAACGAAAAAUUGCAAACACCAAAUCAAUUGACGAAAAAGCAACUGUCAAACCUGAAGCCGUAAGCAAGGUAUUGAAUGAUGUCAAGGCAAUACGCGGACGUCAGGAUUCGUUAGAUUCGAGAUUUUCUGUAAUGAAACAAGAAAACGAAGCUCUAUGGCGUGAAAUUGCAUCACUUCGACAAAAACAUGCUAAACAACAGCAAAUUUCUAACAAGCUCAUAUUCAAUUCCUUAUUUUUUGUUUGUUUGUUGAGUUUUAUUUAG